CUGACACCAUAAAAACACAGCUCAGCUCAGAAAAGUCCACUAAGUAUCGUUUUCUCUAUCUGUAAACCUCGCCGGAACAUUUACCGAUGUCCAUCGUAACACGUCGAUAAGUCAUCCGCCUCCAUUUUUUAAUUGAAAUUUGCAGUUGUCUUUUUUCCCACUGAUCCGUAAAUGGAGGAAGAGGACGACGUCGUUCCGAAGACCUUCCGAGCACUUGUGGAGAGCGCGGACCGUAAAUUCGCGCGAGUCCGUGACUUCCCGUCGUACGGACGGUCACAAGGGCAACAUUAUUUGCAGAAAGUAUUCAAAGCCUACAUGACAUUAUGGAAGUACCAGCAAGACAACCGAACGGAGCUUAUCAAAGCUGGUCUGAACAGGUGGGAGAUUGGCGAGAUCGCCGGUCGGAUUGGCCAGCUGUAUUUCGGACAGUACUCGAGGUCGAGCGAGGCUAGGUUUCUGGUCGAAGCUUACGUUUUCUAUGAAGCGAUUCUGAAGAGGAAGUAUUUUGAAGGGUGUAAAGUGAACGAUCUCGGAGUUCGGUUUAAGGAGUUGAGAUUUUACGCCCGGUUUUUACUCGUUUUGCUGAUUUUGAACCGGACCGAGAUGGUGAAGGUUGUUGUUGAAAAGCUUAGAGCUCUUGUGGACGAUUGCAACGCUAAUUUCCGGGAAACAAACUUUAAAGAGUGGAAACUAUUAGUGCAAGAAAUUGUCCGCUUUAUGAAUGUGGAUACAAAUUUUACAAUUCCAUGUGCUAGGCCAUUUAGAUACUGUACCAUGUUUGACUGUCAUCCACAUUCUGUUCCAUAUGUGGCUGGGUUCCAUGCUAAGAAGGUUCUAAAGUUUCGAGAUGCAAUCCUGAUGAGCUAUUACCGGAAUGAGGUCAAAUUUGCUGAACUUACUCUGGAUGCAUAUAGAAUGAUGCAAUGUUUAGAGUGGGAGCCCAGUGGAUCAAGUUACCAAAAGCAUCUCGCUGAAGCAAAGGAGAAUGGUGUUGCAGUUGAUUAUUCUGGAACUUCUGGACUGAUAGAUAUGAACUUGGCUGCAGAAAUGACUGAUCAAACCUUACCUCCAAAUCCUAUGAAGGCUAUCCUGUAUCGACCCUCUGUAACGCAUUUUGUAGCAGUUAUGGCUACAAUUUGCGAGGAGCUCCGACCAGAGAACAUUAUACUGGUUUAUCUAUCAGCCUCGGGAACACCUAGUCAUAUCAAUGCUUCUCCGGUGGAAACUUCAGGAGGAUCUAAGCGAACAACCAAAAACAAACUUGUUUCUCACGAUUCCCUAGAACAUAAUUUUUCUGCACCUGAACCCCACAUUAAUGGCAAGGAAGUGUCUGGUGACUAUUAUGAUGAUUAUUUGUGGUUAGAUCCUAAAGGAAAUGGUGAUUCAAGUAAACUCUAUCCUGGUGAUAUAGUUCCUUUUACUCGGAAACCUCUUUUCUUGAUUGUUGAUAGUGACAGCAGCCAUGCAUUCAAGGUCUUACAUGGUGCAGAAAGAGGAGAGAAAGCUGCCCUACUCCUUUCGCCUUUGAGACCAAUGUUUAAGGACCCAUCUCACGCUGAUAUUGCUCAGAAUGGAAGUCAGUUUACCUUUUUCUUGACUGCCCCUCUACAAGCAUUCUGCCAAAUGGUUGGCUUUGCCUUGUCCGAUAGUCCUAUAGAAGUUCUAAAUACUGCUGAAAACAUAUUAUUUACUGCUUUUUCCAAGUGGGAAAUGAUUCUCUGCAAAUCACCUAGCCUGGAUCUAGUUUGGGCGCAAGUUUUAUCCGAUCCUUUUUUAAGGCGGCUUAUUGUUAGAUUCAUAUUCUGUCGAGCCGUUCUCUAUGCCUUUUGCCCUCCGGAAGAGAGUGAUCAAUAUCUUCCUGUUUGCCUACCACAACUUCCUACUUCUUUGUCACCAAAGGCUGAUGCCGUGCAGUCGUCUGUCAGACAGCUUGCAACUCACCUGAAAGUUUCCGACUGCUUUCACUUUGACGACACGUAAAUAGGGCUUUAAGUUGGUUAAAGACUGUAAUAUACAUCGUGCCUUUCUGAUAGGAAGCUUCAUUCGGUAUAUAUUUGAUGGUGCAAUAGGUCCUGUAAUUUCAUCAUCGAGGGAAUUUGAUGGAGCAUGCUUGCUUCGGCUUCUUUUAACGCCUACACACCUUGCAGGUAUGCAUAAACAUAACUGGCUUAAGUCUUUAGGAACGCAUUGAUGUAUAUGAUAAUUGCUGUGGUGCAUGUUAGAUAGAGCUUUUUC